UGCAGCAUGGUGGGUUUUCAAGCACAUUUAACAAUCGGUGGCGCCCGAUUGUUAAUCUGGGGCAGCAUUGAUUUGAAACAAAAACAAAACACCUGUGCCUCAAGAUCGACAUGAAGGGUGGAUCAACGCUGCUCUUUGCUCUUUUGGGCCCGUCCCUGGCAAGAGCCUCUUUGACGCCGGAGAAGAAGGAUGUCCCAGCUACCCUUGAGGUACCAUUUGGGUAUGGACCUAUCUUCGGCUCAAAGUGGGUUGGCCGCACUGGCAUGGACAAGAGGAAGAAUGUGCUUGACGUUGACGCGGCGAUCGAGAACAUGGUUUUCUUCCACACAAACAUCACCGUCGGCACCUCUCCCCAGGAAAUGGAGGUCUAUUUCAAUAUAAUGGGCAAUGAGUGCUGGAUGCAUGCGGCCAAUUCGACCAGCUGUCAGUGGUAUAAGGACAAGGAGGAUUGUGACGGAUAUGGCGGAUAUAAUACCAGUACCUCGAAGACUGCCGAGUUCAUUAGCUCCGAUUUCGCCGUUAACGAUAGAGGCCCCAACGUCACCGGCGAUUUUUUCAAGGAUGCUCUAGCUAUCGGGAAUGCCAGGGUAGACUCCAUGAAGUUGGGUGUGGCAUACGACGGUAUAACCAGUAACACGCUUGGUCUUGGGUAUGGAGAGGAAGGCUCUUCGUCGGCAUCGCUCCCCCAAGCGUUGACAGAUGCAGGAAUUAUCAACUCGCCUGCGUUCAGCAUGUGGACAGACUAUGGAUACCGUCCCGGUGGCAAGAUUCUUUUCGGUGGCGUGAACAAAGCAAAAUAUGUCGGCACCUUGCAUACUCUCCCGAUCGUGCCAGGACCCUCUGGACAGCGCAAGGCGUUUCGCGUCAACAUGACUGGCUUGCUAAUCAACGAAACAUCCAUCUCUCCGGAAUCCUUUGCAUUGGACGCGGUACUCGACAACCAGGUAUCCCUCACGCAUGUUCCUGAAUCAGUUAUGUCAGAGCUAGCCAAGCAACUAAACGUGAAGAAUGUCCCGGAAUCCGGGCAAAUCAUCCUUCCCUGCUCGUUGGAGUCCUCCAAAACCAACGUAACCCUUGCAUUCGGCGCUGCGAAGUUUGAGUUCCCUAUUGCUAUGCUAAUGACGCAGAUCAGUGUUGAGCACUCUUACACAAGAUAUGGUGAUGCCUGUUAUUCAGGGAUUGUGGCCAACAAAGAUUACAAGAAGAAAGGAAGCAUUGUACUGGGGACUAAUUUUAUUAGAUCUGUGUAUUCGGUCUUUGAUCUUGCCAACGAUGAGGUUUCCUUGGCGAAUCUAAGAUGGGAAUCGUACUCGGAUAACAUUGUUGAGAUUAAAUCCGGGGAAAAUGCGGUCCCGGGUGCUACUGCCACCAGUACCGAUACAGACCAAGAUAAAGGUCAGAAGGACGAGGAGUCUCUUGGCUCUACUUCCAGGGAUGGGAGACUUUCUUUGGGAUUGACUCUUGCCCUUUUGUGUUAUAUCCUCAUAUAA